GGAAAAUAGUAUCCCCCGGAAAGGGUCCAAACAGCGCUGAAAACGUCUGUAUUAAACCCUUAUUAUAGUUCCGGAACCACUUAUGAUAACAAUGGAAUGCUGUUGAGUUUAUAAAGAGUAAAAUAAAAUGUUGCAGAGGCAUUUGUGAAUUUCUGAAAAUUUUCUUGGUGAAAUGCUCAAAAUUGAAAGAGUUCAAGCGCAUGCGCCCUGUGAUUACUCUCACUCAAAACUAACUGGCAAACAUUCGCUAGCGGAGUAGCUAGCUACACGUUUUAAACAUUUCAGUACAUCUGUUUCGAGAAACACAAUGGCAGCAAGAUAUGACAGGGCGAUCACUGUGUUUUCUCCCGACGGUCACCUUUUUCAGGUGGAAUAUGCACAAGAGGCUGUGAAGAAAGGCUCCACUGCUGUGGGCAUCCGGGGCAAAGACAUUGUUGUCCUUGGAGUUGAGAAGAAGUCUGUCGCCAAACUACAGGAGGAAAGAACAGUCCGCAAGAUCUGCGCCCUAGACGAACAUGUUUGCAUGGCAUUCGCAGGUCUGACAGCAGAUGCCCGCAUUGUGAUCAACAGAGCUCGGGUGGAGUGCCAGAGUCACAGGCUCACAGUGGAGGACCCAGUCACCGUUGAGUACAUCACACGGCACAUCGCCACCCUGAAACAGCGUUACACUCAGAGUAAUGGACGAAGACCGUUUGGCAUCUCGGCGUUGAUCGUGGGUUUUGACUACGAUGGGACCCCCAGGCUUUAUCAGACUGACCCCUCAGGAACAUACCAUGCAUGGAAGGCAAAUGCAAUUGGCCGCAGUGCUAAGACAGUGAGGGAAUUCCUGGAGAAGAACUACACAGAUGAAGCCAUCGCCACUGACAACGAGGCGAUUAAGCUGGCAAUCAAAGCCUUGCUUGAGGUGGUUCAGUCUGGUGGGAAGAACAUUGAUCUCGCUGUGAUCAGAAGAAACCAGCCACUGAAGUUAUUGGAGUCCAAAGAAAUUGAGACCCUGGUGGCUGAGAUCGAGAAAGAGAAAGAAGAUGAGGCAGAGAAGAAAAAACAGAAGAAAUCUACUUGAAGUCGUUACUCAACCACUGGCUUUCAUUUAGCCCUUGGGUAAAGGCAGUGUAUUUGGUCGGUAAAUAUAGAAAAGUGUCAAGGUUUAUAGGCCCAAAUAUAGCUUUCAUGUCACACACUAAGGUUCGUAUGUUGAAUUUUCACAUAAAUAUCCCACCGGCAUUGCCAUCAAUGCAUGGUUUAUGUGGAAGUUGAGCUGUGUGGAUCUCAAGUUAGGAUUCAGAACUUGGAGAUCUCACCUCUGCCCUCUUUUAAGAACAGUAUGUUAUUUAUUUUAAGUGAAUUUAGACCGACAUACUUAAUAAAGUCAACUUGUUUAUGUA